GAGCGGGGCCGGAUCUCAGUGCGGUGAUAGAGCUCGCAGAGCGGCUGUGCGGAAGUUCUUUCAUCCGCGCUGCACAGAAGGGGCUUCGCCCUCGAGAUUAGCUAUUCUCGUCCCAAGUUUUCGCUUGGACGAAGGCAAAAGAGGUGGAACUUCUUCGCUCUGUGUUUUAACUCGAAUUCUGUCGUUCGCUACAAGUUAGCGCCCAUUACCGUCGGGUAAUGGCAAGGCCAAGCCACAGUGAGCAUGUCCUGCAGCAGCUCAACAACCAAAGGGAAUGGGGUUUCCUCUGUGACUGCUGCAUUGCCAUAGGGGACAUUUAUUUCAGGGCCCACAAGGCCGUGCUGGCAGCCUGCAGCUCUUACUUCAGAAUGAUGUUCAUCCGGGAUCAGCAGGGGACUGCGCGGUUUGAUCUCAGCAACAUGCAGAUCAGCGCAGAGUGCUUCGAUCUCAUCCUGCAGCUCAUGUACCUUGGCCGAAUCGUUGUGGAUCACUAUGAGUUUGAGGAGCUGAAAUCAUCUAUGACCUACCUACAAAUGUACUACAUCCCAGACUCUCUCGAGGACCUCCGAGACAUCAGAACGUCCAAUUUGACACCUUCGUCAUCUGCGUCGUCCUCUUCAUCGUCCAGUUCCUCGUCCUCAUCCAGCGUGGUUGGAGGCAAGAUGAUGUUUGGCGUUCGAAUGUUUGAGCAGCAGCGGCCAAGCCCUUCUGAGAAUGAACGCACAGCAAAAGCCUCAACCACAACUGCUCGUCAAACCAUUAACAUCUCAACUGUCAGGCCUUCUGAAGAUGUGGUCAUUCCACACCCGCAGCCACACUCAGAGACUGUUGUAGACCAGCCGUGUGACUUGAGGAAGAGAACUUCAGGCCGAAGCUCUGCCAUGAAAGAACGUCCUCGGUUUGGACGCACAUACACAUGCGACGAUUGCGGCUUUGUGUUCAGCUGUGAAAAGCUGCUCAUCGAACACAUCCUCACAUGCACCAAUCGCAAAGCUUUCCAGACGCCCAAAGUCGGCAAAGAGGGUAACAGUGAUGCUGGUAAAGCCGAGAGUUCGAACUCAGAGGGUACAGAUGAACACAGAGCAGUUUGCAAGGGCGAAGAGGACUGGUCAGACCACAAGCUGGAUGCAGAGACCGUGAUCAGGUCCGUCGCCACUGGCAUGGACAGCGAAGCUGCCUUCUCCAGGAAUAUAACCAUUAAAGUGGAACGAGACAAUGACUCCGAGAGCGAUUUGGAAACUAUAAAAGUCGUGAAGGUAGGGAACCAUAACGUAGGGAGCUGCAAAUUUCGUACUAGGGCAUACAAAGACAAUCUUGCAGACCAGAUUAAGUUUGACAGCGAGGAAGAGGCUGGAGUAUCUGCCAUGGAUGCUUUGGAGGGCCAAAGCACAGGGUUAGAGACGGAUCCAAAGGUGCACCGGAUCAAAGAGGAAAAGCAAGAUGGUGCGUGCAUUCCAUGCGAGUUGUGCGGAACCCUGUUGACGGAGGAGAAUCAGUCUGCUCAUUACAUCUCCAGCCACAUGGGACAUAUCUGCGCCUGCGGAAGGUGCGGCCAAGUGCUCAUUAAAGGCAGGCAGCUGCAGGAGCACGCAGAGCGCUGUGGUGAACCCCAAGGAGCCGAGACGGACUCCCCAGGUGAGGAUUCGCUUCUACUUGAAGAUGCCGAGGCUAUGGAUGAAAGCUUGCUGGAAGGAGCCGACCUGGGCUUUCGCUGUCCGCUCUGUGGGUUGAUAUUUGAAAGUGAAAGUCUUGCAGUGGAGCAUACGUUGUCUUGUCCGGAACAGGAGCCCUUCCGGCCCGUUCUGUUGGAAGACAGCAGCGAGCCAGACCAUCGGCGCAAGCAUUUCUGUGCAAUUUGUGGCAAAGGCUUUUACCAAAGGUGUCACCUACGAGAGCACUACACCGUGCACACCAAGGAAAAGCAGUUCACCUGUCAGACCUGCGGGAAACAGUUUCUGCGCGAACGACAGCUUCGGUUGCACACUGACAUGCACAAGGGAAUGGCGCGGUACGUCUGCCCUGUGUGCGAUCAAGGUACGUUCCUUAAACAUGAUCAUGUGCGACACAUGAUCUCUCACCUAUCUGCCGGAGAGACUAUCUGCCAGGUGUGUUUCCAGAUUUUCCCCAGCGCCGAGCAUCUGGAAAAGCACAUGGAUGUGCAUCUGUACAUCUGUGGCGUUUGCGGAGAGAAGUUCCGCCUCCGGAAAGACAUGCGGAGCCACUACAACUCCAAGCACACCAAGAGACAAUGAGAGGCCUCUCUCUGCAACCUUUGAAUCUUUGAAAUAAGCCAUACUGUAAAUGUGAGAACAAAUCUAUGCACUUAGACACCAAUUGUAACCUUUACAACUGCACUUUCUAUGUGUAUGCAAAUUCUGGAUGUCUUGCUCAAUGUUUUUGGUGGGAUAUAGUGCCUCAAGCUUUUGUUUUAAUUUUCUUAUACUUAAAGAUAUCUAGUUAAGUUAAGUCUAGAUAUCAACUAAAUCACACUAUCAGUGGUGUUUCAGUUGAAAAUGCUAUAUAGGUUUGUAGUUAGGAAACUGACCCAUGGCUAUUAGUUUUACAUCCAAUGUUCAUAAAGCUUUAAUGAUGGUGCACACUGGCUUGUUAAAGUUUAAAGUUUACCAACAUUUUAACUUUAGUAUUUAAGAUAACUUUUGUCAAAGGGGUCAUUUGUUUUUUUAUGUUAUUGGUGGUGCUCUUUCUUUUUUGUGAACGCAUAGAUUCAAGCACAUACUGCUACCAUUUCAUCAUUAUUUCAAAUAGCUCUGGUGCCAUUACCUGUCAUAAUGCUCCAUAUACAAUUGCCCUUAAAAAGAUAGUUUAGCCAAGUGAAAAUUCUGUCGUCAUUUACUCACCCUCAUGUCAUUACAAACCUAUGUGACUUUCUUUUUUCUGUGGACCAUAAAUACCAUUACAACUUUCUUUUUUUUUUUAAUUUUUUUUGCUUUUUAUAG